AUGUCUCCCCUGGAUAAAAAACUCCGGUUACGAUACAAGGUAGUGACACCUCUUCGUCUGGUAUUUUGUCGUGAGAGCAAUCCCAGAAAUUCAGAAAUGGAGGAGUGGCUGAACGGAAUGAGAAGUGCUGGCGACUGUCGAGCACCCAGCGAGCCUGGAGCAAGUGAUUUCCUAGGUGGAGAUCACCAGUGGUAUGCUACAAGCCAUGCCAGACCAACAUACUGCAACGUCUGUCGGGAUGCUCUCUACGGAGUGACGUCCCACGGGCUGAGCUGCGAGGUGUGCAAGUACAAAGUACACAAGAGAUGCUGUCAAAAAGCAAUAAAUAACUGCAAAUGGACCACCCUCUCGUCUAUUGGGAAGGACAUUAUAGAAGACCAGGAUGGGAACAUCCAGAUGCCUCAUCAGUGGCUGGAGGGUAACUUGCCGGUCUCCUCCAAGUGCGCUGUCUGUGACAAGACCUCGGGCUCUGUUUUGAGGCUUCAAGAUUGGAGAUGCUUGUGGUGUAGAGUUACUGUUCAUACGGCAUGUAGACCAUUAAUUAGUUAUGUAUGUCCUCUUGGACCUGCUAAGUUAAGCGUAGUUCCUCCCAUAGCAUUGCAUAGUAUAGGAAGUGACGAAGCAUGGGAAGCUGUCAGGCCUGUCGGAUGUAGUCCACUGUUAGUAUUUGUAAAUAGUAAAUCUGGUGACAACCAGGGUAUUAAAUUUCUGAAAAGAUUCAAACAGUUAUUAAAUCCAGCUCAAGUAUUUGAUCUCAUUAAGGGUGGUCCUGGACCUGGGCUUCGAUUGUUCCGACAUUUCGACCCCUUCCGGAUUCUGGUCUGCAGUGGAGAUGGGUCUGUCGGUUGGGUCCUCUCGGAGAUCGAUCGGUUAGGAAUGCACAAGCAAUGCCAAGUUGGAGUAUUACCAUUGGGAACCGGAAAUGAUCUUGCCCGAGUGCUUGGAUGGGGCGCGUCCUGUGAUGACGAUACUCAUCUACCGCAAUUAUUGGAAAAGUACGAGAAGGCAGGAACUAAAAUGCUCGAUCGCUGGAGUAUUAUGACAUUUGAACGUAAUAUUUCUCUGUCAUGUCCUAAAUUAUCUCCAAGCCAAGGCUCUGAUUUGAAUUUAAAUUUGUCAAUGGUUCAACAGUACGAGGAUAAUGUGACAUUUCAUAUUACCAAUAUUCUACACGCUGAUCAGAGCACAAUUAUUUUUUCGAGUGCUAAAGUGCUUUGUGAAACAAUAAAAGAGUUUGCCUCGCGUAUAUUGGAAGCGAGUUUCCAUAUCGGGGAUGAAAUACUCGAGAACAAGUGCGCGGUUCUCGAAGAAAAAUUGGAUUCCCUGCUCCAGACACUUAAUUACGAUGAUAAUUUAGUAGAAAUGGCCCAGGACGACGGAAAGUUUAAUAUCCCCGGUGAUAAUCUGUCUAUCAACACGAAGAACCUGGAGAAAGGAGUCCUAGAAAAGCCAGAAAAAGAUAUAACAAACCUGAAAAGAGUGCGUAAAAAUAGAAAUCCCGGUGAAAGAGAUGCGGUGAUGGCACGGGCGAAUAGCUUGAAGCGAGCUAUUAGGCAGCUCGUUGAGCAAACCGAGCUUGUUAUUGACAAACAAAAAAAUUCAUCUGGAAAGCUUACGAAUAAACUAUCAAAUUUAGCUAUCAACUCCAAGGACUACGAUCAAGCUUCCAAUUCGUGGAAUACUUGUCAAGAUAAAUCGAUCAAUAUCAACAGUAAUACUCUCAAGCCUUGUGAGAGCAAUGCAUCUAUUAUUGUGUCCUCAGCCAGUUCCUUUGAUGUCUCUUCGUGUCCCAGCCCGACUCCCAAUUUAGUUUCUCUCAGUCCGAUGCCUGAUUUAAGACGAGAUUCUCAAGUUGAUGAGUUGCUUACACUUCCUGCUCCAGAUGGAUUUGCUGAUAGUCGGAGGAAUACAGCAGCAGUAUUAUUAAACGAGCUCCAGUGCUCUGAAUUGACCUCAACAACUCAGGUAGACACUUCCACGGAUAUCCAAGUGACAGUAACAAGCACGACAUUGGACACCAGCUCAAAGUCAGACGACACCACCAUCCAAGACGCAUUAAUAUCUCCGUCAGACUCGGACAUAAAUAUCUCCAGCGCGUUUGUCCACCGCACCGACUACGACGUAAGAACUCACGUGUCCCGAAGUAGCUGCAGCAACAGUAUCGUCAGCACCGACAGUCUGGUAUCCGAGACCUUAGACUCUAAAAGUUACACAAUAAAACACAGUGAAAGCGAAAUCGGUAAUGCAGACAGCGACAUCCUCGACUCCACAAAGCAGUCAGAAAAUUACUCCGAGAUCGGCCACAUCGACUCUCCGGAAAACUCCGACCUCCAAAACUCCGAGAGCAUGAUUGACGACCUUAGCUCUCUUGGCCAGGAUUUGAUAAGCACCAUGCUCGGUGAAAAGUAUGACUCAGUCCGUGAGUGUGUUGAAACAGAACAAACUGACCGACCAAAAAAAUAUUGCAGUCUCGCCCAGUUUGUCGACGGAAGCGACAUAGCAAGAAAGUCCUUCAAGCGACCAUCACGGUACGUGUCAUCUCUUUUGAAAGACACUUCACCAUCACCUGACGAAAUCUCCAAGCGUGCUACCUUGCCUACAAUUACAGUCGACAACAUGGACUCUGGUCAAAAGACGGACCUGCUCAGUCCAGUCUGCUGCUUCACAGUCACCUCAGACACAAUUGAAAAAAUAAACUUUCCUCCAGAGAUAAAUGUCAUUGUAGACCCUCCGAGUCCUUCUAUGUCAAUUGACAGUCCUUGUCCUAGUCCCAGCCCUGACCAGGACAACAAGUUCGGGUUCAGGCGACUUAACAAAGGCAGUAUGGAAAAACUGAGCGUGGAACCUCCAGAGCUAGGCUUCUCGCCUCAAGCUAGUAGAAGGAUAAGCUGCGGAAGUCUUCUGAAGCCUUCCGAGGUGGUCUCUUUAGCAGCAACUGCUUCAAAGUUAGGUGGCUCUAACAUCAGUCUAAGACACGACCGGGCCAAGUCAAUAGACCGGACCGAGGAGGUCAAAAAACUCCCGAUAAUAAAUCCACUGGUCAGACUUCCAAUGUGGCCGAACAUUGGCGGGGCUGCUGGAUUCAUCAGCCAGGCUUUGCUGGCAAAUGCAGACGCGCUGUGUGCUGCUGUGUCGCCGCUGAUGGACCCAGAUGAGACGUUGAUGGAGGGCUACUUUGAGAGGUGUGUUAUGAAUAAUUAUUUUGGCAUUGGGAUUGAUGCCAAGAUCAGCCUGGACUUUCAUCAUAAGCGAGAAGAGCAUCCGGAGAAGUGCAGGUCCAGGGCGAAGAAUUAUAUGUGGUAUGGAGUGCUGGGGUCCAAGCAGUGGCUACAGAAGACUUACAAGAAUCUUGAGCAGAGAGUCCAGCUAGAAUGUGAUGGGCAGAGGAUUCCUUUGCCCUCGCUGCAGGGUAUUGUGGUCUUGAACAUUCCCAGCUUCAUGGGAGGAACCAAUUUCUGGGGAGGUACCAAGGAGGGCGACUUGUUUCUUGCUCCGUCGUUUGAUGAUAGGAUUCUUGAGGUUGUGGCGGUAUUUGGAUCCGUGCAAAUGGCCGCUUCGAGGCUGAUUAAUCUUCAGCAUCAUAGAAUUGCUCAGUGCCAGACGAUCCAGAUUAAUAUUCUUGGGGAAGAAGGGGUUCCGAUUCAGGUCGAUGGAGAAGCUUGGAUCCAACCGCCGGGGAUUAUUAGGAUUAUUCAUAAAAAUCGCAUGCAAAUGCUUUAUCGAAAUAGGGCGCUGGAAACUUCGCUGAGGACUUGGGAAGAGAAGCAACGCAACAAUACCUCCAACGUAUCGCAGUCUUCAUCUUCGCUGAGUAAUAAUAUGGUGCAGUCACGAUCAUACACACUGGGUGAUAGCAAACCAAUUCAACUCUACGAGGAGGAAUUUAAUAUUCUACUCGGCUUAAUUGAAGUUAUUACCACGCUGGUUAAAUGGGUUAAAUUACUUACUAUAUCACAUCCGAGUUUCGAGCCUGAUCUUUAUCAGAUCGCCGAUCGGACAGCGGUUAAUUUGGAGAAAGUUCAUCCGGAUGGAAAAAUUAUUCAAGGGCCAGGUCUACGACCUUUAGUUACCGAGCUGGUGUCCAGUGCAAGACAACUUUAUGAAGAAUCUUGCGAGUUACUUCGUGACAGUGGACAAAAUUUGCGAUUGCGCUCGGAUCUAGAAAAUAAAUUAUCCGUAUCACUGGCAGCAAUGGAGCAAGAAUUAAAAAAAUGCGUGUUUGACGAAGCAGGCACAGGUUUAGUCUACCUCCAAAAUAUCCCCUCAGAAGAUCAGGGUGAUAAGAAGAACCGUCAUCGCGGUUUGUUUUGGUUAAAGUUCCGGCGCUCGGGGACUAGCAACAGCAGCAGCAGCAGCGGUCACCUGGCACGCGAUCAAGUUACCACCUGGGGGGUCCAGGACGUCUGUCUCUGGCUGGAGAACCUUCAACUCGGCGAGUACACUGACCAGUUUAUUUCUCAUGAUAUUAGGGGCCGGGAAUUAUUGAGUCUCGCACGUCGUGACUUGAAGGAACUCGGGAUCGUUAAAAUUGGUCACGUUAAACGUAUACUCCAAGCUAUUAACGAUCUUAAUAAUUAA